AUGAUCAUUCAUCGACCGAUCAAUUCUCUGUCAGUCAAUGACACUUUGACUCGUGAAACCCACUAUUUAAAGCGAAGGGAUUGUCCGCUUCAGUCGUACAACUUAACAAGCAAUCAACUGCUUCAUGAUGCAUGCGAAAUUCCUGAUCGUCUUUUUUCUCGUCUUCCUGACAGUGGUCUUCUCCGAGGCAGCGAUCGCUUUGAGUGA